GCCAAUCUCAUAUUGGAUGGGCCGCCCACGUUAACUAACCCACUACUAUAUAUAUAUGUUGGUCCUAUACCCUAACCCUAAUCUUUGCCAAUUUGCGUUCUUAGUUUCUAGGAAACGAAGCCGACAAGUCAGUCCACCGCUUAUCAGAUUCGCCAUGGGUAAGGUUCAUGGAUCUUUGGCUCGUGCCGGUAAGGUGAGAGGCCAAACACCAAAGGUUGCUAAACAAGACAAGAAGAAGAAGCCACGAGGACGUGCUCACAAACGGAUGCAAUACAACCGCAGAUUCGUAACUGCCGUUGUUGGUUUUGGCAAGAAGAGAGGACCAAACUCGUCCGAGAAGUAAGAGACUCGAGAAUUCGGCUGAACAGCCAAUUUUUUUUCAUGUUAUUUGGAGAUAUUUUAUACUUUCUUUAGUUCUUUUUUGAUGUGGUUAAGCUGACAAUUUAUCUUGACGAUGAUAGUAUUAUUUCUUUAAGAAGUUAUCUGUUUCAUCAUUUGAUAAUUGGCUUAUGUUUUAGCAA